UUGGCGCGUGAAUUGUGUGGCCACAGCUAGGGUUCUUCCUCUCUAAAAUUACAAUAUAAACACUCCCUCACUCACUCCCUCUUCUCUCUCUAGGAGUACAAACACUCGCAAAUCUCUCCUUCCCUCUCUAACAGUUGUACUCUCUCGCUCUUCUUUUGUUUUUGGCUUUGGCUGGGCCCGGAGACUGCAGACACAGAGAGGGAGAGGGACUAUAAUUAAAAUCUUAAAGCAGAAGCAACAACCAUCACGGGGAUACUGGUGAAACCCCCACCACCUGUUUGAUAUAUUGAAUCGAUUAUAUCUAUAGACGUUUCAGAUGGCAGAGGACUUGGACGACGGCGAGUUCUGGCUCCCUCCUCAGAUCCUCACCGACGAAGACAUACUCAUGGACUACAGCAAUACUCACAACCUUAACAAGAGCAUCAAUGGAGACAAAACCGACUCAGGGUUUUGCUUUCCUCUUGAUUUCUCAUAUGGGUUUGGCUCUUCUGCUACGCCGUACUCGGAUCUGAGCUCGCCGGUUGAGUCCGUCGUGGGAUCGACCGAGACAGAGAGUGACGAGGAGGACUUCAUCACUGGGUUGACUCGGAAGAUGGCCCACUCAACUCUUCUGGACGAGUUAUGGAAAACCGACACUAGUUUGGGCUGUGAGAACCAGAAGACUUGGCCUAUGUCUGGUUCGCCUCAAUCUACACUAUGUGGAGUGAUUGGUGGGUGUGGUUGCAAGAAGUGUUCAACUCGUUCAAGUCGGGGAAGCCCCAACUGUGCGUCACAAUUGUCGUCGCCGCCACCGUCUUCAGCGGCGAUGAGCAUGAAUGAGGCCGCUUACGAUCUGCUGUACGCGGCUGCAGGGAAGGUUGCUAGGUUGAGGAUGAUUGAAGAAAGAAUUGGGUGUUACGAGAACAGGGGAAUUUUGGCGCCACCGCGACGAACCUGCCCUGUUUCUGCACCUUUAAAGAAAGCAAACCCAAACCCUAACCCUAAUACUGGGUUUCAUUCCAACUCCAACCCCUCGCUCUCUUACCAGCAAUUGCAAGUGAGCCAAUUUGAGCAGCUGAGGCAGCAACAGAUGAUGAAGCAGCAACAGGGAUCGGUGGGUUGGGGACAGUCGAAGGGGACUUGGCAGAACCAAGUGGGUGUGGUUCAGAACAGAGCACCACGAAAUGGUAGCGCUCGUCCUCUGGGCUUGUCAUCAUCUGCUUGGCCUACUUUGCAACAAUCCCAGCAACAGCAACAUCCACAGCCACAGGCACAACCUGGCUCAGGCAUGAGGGCUGUUUUUCUUGGAAAUCAUGGGGCUAAAAGAGAAUGUGCAGGCACUGGGGUGUUCUUGCCUAGGAGGAUUGGCACUCCCACCGAAACCCGCAAGAAACCAGCUUGUUCAACUGUUUUACUCCCAGACAGAGUGGUGCAGGCCCUGAACUUGAAGUUGGACACCAUGGAUGCUCAAUCCCAGUUUCAGUCUCGUUAUAACAGAAGUCUCUCUCCUGAAUAUGAUGCUGCUGUGAAGUAUCGAAAUAAUGUUUUGAUGGCUCAAGAGUUGCGCAACGUCCGGCCACAACCGGCCGUGCACCAUGAGGUCCGGCUUCCUCAGGAGUGGACUUACUGACUCCAUUGUGCUUUUUUUACCAUCUGGGUCAUCACUAAUUUGUGAUUGGUUCUUUUGAAAGCUUUACAAAUUGAAUUGAAAUUGAAAUUGAAGGUUUAGGAGAAAGAAGAAGGAAGUUUGUUAGUAGUAGUGGGUAGUAAGUUUGCAAUAGGAAAUUAGUAGCAGCAACAAAGUAUAGAAUAGGGUAAUAAUAGGUUGAAGAAGAAGAAAAAGAAAUGUUAGGAGAAGAAAAUGGUUUUUUGGGUAGUGUCAGGAAAAUAAAUGGUCCUAUCUGGUUUUUUUGAAGGGUAGAAGAAUGAAUGGCCUUUUGUUUCCCUUGGAAGAGGUGGUGGGAUGACCAGUUUGUUUGUUCUCUCUUUUGGGUCAUGUUUUGUUUGAAAUUUGCAGCCUACAAUUUUACUACUUGUAAUUUGUAAUGACCCUGCGCUCAUCAUCACCGGGAAUCAGUAAUGAUAAUAAUAAUGCAAGAUUUGCCUUGUUAAA